UGACCGUAGUGAGAGAAGCGCUGCUCUUAAUUUUCAUAUCGCAAUUGUCAAGACGCUGCUCCAUAAUCAGCGGAAUAAAAGAGUUUUGGUAAAAAAGCUUGCUCCAAGUGACCCUGUCGAUAAGGAAAAAAGAGAUACUGUCCAAUUGAAAAGGUGGAAGAAAAAAAUUCAAAAUGGCUUCACCCUCAGUCCCUGCACACCUCAACUUCAUAACGGGCAACAAGAACAAGCUUGCCGAAGUCCAAGCCAUUCUCGCCGGCGUCAUUGAGCUACGAAGUCAGAAUGUGGACCUGGUCGAGAUCCAAGGCACCGUCGAAGAGGUCACCAAAGACAAGGCGCGAAGAGCUGCCGAAGCUGUCCAAGGCCCCGUCCUCGUCGAAGACACAUGUCUCUGCUUCAAAGCCAUGAACGACCUCCCAGGCCCAUACAUCAAAUGGUUCAUGCAGUCCCUCGGCGCACCCAACAUGCACAAGCUCCUUGCGGGCUUCGACGACAAGUCGGCCCAGGCAGUCUGCACAUUCGGGUACUGCGAGGGCCCCGGCCACGAGGCGAUUCUCUUCCAAGGACGCACCGACGGAAAGCUAGUGGAGAGUCGGGGGUCUACUGUUUUCGGCUGGGAUUCAUGCUUCGAAUAUCAAGGUCAGACGUAUGCCGAGAUGGACAAGAGCGAGAAGAACAAAAUCAGCCAUCGGGCAAAGGCUCUGGAGAAACUCAAGGAGUGGCUGGCCAGCAAGGUGGAAUCAUCGUAGAAGGACUAGCAAUCCGUUCCAAAAGACGCGAAAAUACAUACCCCAGAGACAUAGAGCAAAGAAAGCAAAAGAUGAUUGAAUCUCAUAAC